GAUAACAACAUGGCGGAACACACAGAGUGAGAAAAAAACUACCAAAGUUAAUCUUGAAUUUUUCGAAUUUUAGUAAGAAUUUAGCCACUAAAAAAGAAUAAAAAUUUGUACAUAGAUACUUUAAUAUAUAUUUUACAUAAUAAGAAGAUUUGGUGAAUGAAAUAUGGGGCAGAAGGAGGAGGAAUUAGAAUCAAAACCGAGUUUUACUAGAUUACAAGCUGCAAGAGUAAUAGAGAAUUGUUGGUGUUCAUAUCGGGAUAAACAGAUGUUUAAACUUCUCAAGUAUGCAAUCUGUGCUGCUGAACAUUCUUUGACAUUUGAGGUGCUACGAAAAGUCUCUCCACUYGAAGCUGACCUCCUUCGAGAUCCAGCAGUUAAUGCAAGGGUCAGGUUCAGGUUUGGAGGAACAGAAUUUCCACCAAUUAUUUUAUUCAAAGUGUUUAUCAAUACUGGAGGACAAGGGUUGAAGUACAUCAGUGGCAAGAAAGUCAUCAAACCUGCAACACAGGCGGCUUGUGAUUCAUUACAACUGAUGGGCAACAGAAAGUUUUAUGAUCAGAUGACAGCUGAUUUAUGUCAGCAUGCAAAAGACAAGAUAACAGAUGAAAUUGACAUUACUACCAUAAAAGAUUGCAUGAAGUACUUGUCUCAUCUGGACGAGACACCAGCAGAAAUAGGUGGAAAAUCUAACCAGUGGAGAAGACUAACUCUAGAUGUGAUUCCAAGACAGAAUAUUGURCAUGAUAUCUUCAGUUUUGUGUCAUCUGGCAUAGCUUCACCAAGAUUAGUUGAAGAGUGUCCAGAUUUACUGGCUGCCUACCCAGCAUCUCAAGCAAUACAAGUGGCAAGAAUAGAAGCCAUUCCACAUUAUAGACACAAAAAGAACCCAGACUUUACGUCAGGUCAGACCACUGCCAGAAGAACAAAAAAAGCCAGAGACAGGGUUGAAAAAAUGAAAAGAAUGUAUGGAGUUCAAAGUCCAAAUCAGGGUAGUGUCAAUUUACUAGCACCCAGGUGUUCUCCAAACCUCRCCAACAACGAAGACUUGUUUGAGAGAGAAGACUGGGCAGAGGAAGGAGACAAGUUGUAUGAGUGGGCUCAAAACCUAUCUAUGGAAGAGCUGGGGAUCACAUCUCCAUAGGUGAAACAUGUCUAUACUGUUUCUCUGUAUAUCUAUCUUGAGGAUGGCAAUUUUUUUAUAUGGGUUUAAAACCCAUAGAAGAGUUGGGACUUACAUCUGUAGAUAAAACACCUAACUCAGUGGGAAAAUCUACAUCUCAAUUUUUUUUAUACACCACAAAUUUUUCUACCACUGAAGCUUAUUUGGUCCACUGAUACACAAGAACUGCAAGUACGCAGGUAUGAUUGUGUGGUCAGGGUAAUACAAUAUUAUGAUUUAUACAGACUUGCUCCAAGAAAGGGACAAUCUUUUGUCAAUGUAUCAUUGAAAUAAGGUGGUAUAAAAGAGUAUAAUUGAAUUGCAAAUAUUACUAGGAUUGUUAAUAAUGUAGAAAUUGUAAAUACCAUUAAUCAUAAUUACGUUUUUUUAAAUAAUGCUAGAUAAAUACAAACUUGAAAA